UGUCAUCGAUGAGGUCACAGAAUAAAGCCAGGAUCCUAGUAACCACAGGAAGCCCAGCAGCCACUUGGGCUGGGGCCAGCGGAGGACUUCGGCACAGCCCAAGCCAACCCUCACUAAACAGCUGGAGCGCCGAGUCCCCUGGGCUCUGGUGUCCAGUCAUGAAACGCCACUUCACAGACCACAGGGGAGAACAAUCACCAACAGAUGGGACCAGCCUCAGCUUGGCCAGCCCAGAGCCCACGGGGGAGAGUGUGGAAGUGUGCGGUUCAGGGAUGGUGGAGAGAGAGGAGACGCCUUCACGGUCGGGGCCGGCCAUUCCCCACGAGGAGAACGUGUGCUUGGCCCACAGGGCUCCUGCGAUGCUGAGCUGGAGCGGCUCCUCCUCCUCCCGGUCCUCCUCUGAGUAUCAGUCUUACUCCCAGUACCAGUCUUGCUACUCCUGCCUGUACGACGACGAGGACACGGCCCAGCGAAGCGUGUGCGCCUUCUACACCCACGUGCAGACGGUGCAGGGCGUGGCCGUGGCCUGGGAGACCGAGUCGGGCUUUGAGCCGGUCAGCCGGAAGCCCCGCAUUCACGAGGCCGAGUUCGUCAAGAGGCAGAGGAGGAAAGGCUCCUCCUUUGAGAUGGCUUCCAACAGCGACCUGUGCUGGGAACUGGAAGCCAGCAAGAGCCACUGCUGCCCAGAGCAGGAUGACGCGGAGCUGCUGGGGCCUCUGGAGUGCUGCCCGCAGGAGCUGCGGGACACCCCGGACUGGCUGGUCACCACGGACUACGGGCUGCGCUGUGUGGCCUGCUGUCGGGUCUUCCCCACGUUGGAGGCUCUGCUCAAGCACGCCCAAUAUGGCAUCCAAGAGGGCUUCAGCUGCCAGAUCUUUUUUGAGGAGAUGCUGGAGAGAAGGCGGGCCCGGGGCCAAGUCCGGGAGCAGAAACUGGAGGAGGAGGAACAGAGCCCUUCAGAGGGCAGUGAAUGUUCGCGGCCCCAGGCCAGGGCGCUUCCCUCGUAGCGGCAGCAGGAGCAGUGAGCCGGAGGUGAUGUGCCCAGCCCUGCCCUCACCUCUGGCACCUCGGUGGCUCCUUCCCCAGCCAGCAGGACCAGAACUACCCCGGCAGGGGGGAGAAGAGGAGAGCCGGGGGGAGAAAGCAAGUGGGAGCCAGAGCUGGCAGGGCCGUGACAAGGGGGAGAACCCUUCCAAAGGGCACAGCGUUUCAACCAGAGUCCAUUUCGAACCUGAAUCCAAAGAGGGAGGGCUUCAAGUGUUUCUGACGAUGGGCACAAGAUCUGAAGCCCGCAAGCGUGUGGCCACAGAGAUUUUUAUUUUUUGCUGGUGGAUCGAGCAGGUCAUGACCCACAGGAGAGCCGACUGCAAAUGAAGCUUCUGCCCUAUAUUUUUCAUUGUUAGGAACCUGCUAUAUGCCCUAAUUCUAUGUCUUAUUUUAGUGGGAUUAAACUUGAGUAACUCAAAACUUAAGGCAAUAGCUAAAGGGGUGAGCCAUGCUAUGAGGUUGGGGCCAUAGGAAAUUGCCAUUUCUGUAGGUUACACACCAGCACAGACACCUGGAGACAGGCAGGUUCCCAGAGGUAGAGAUGGGGUCUGGAUAAGUCCUGCUACCUAUGAGCUCAUAGGUCAACACUAUGUUUUAAAAUGUUUCUACAAUAUUCAUCUGCACCCUCCUAUCCCCAGCUCCGGGGGCUGCACCGAUUCAAGAAAAUACAUGGAUGGCUCCCUGUGUGUAAUGCACACUGAUGAAACAUGUAGCCCAACCUUCCAGUGAGAGGCAGGACAGGCAGUCGCAAGAAAUGAAUCACAUAAAGGAGGUUUGGGGAGCUCAGUGGAGGGGCCCCAAACUCAGGCUGGUUGAUGAGGAAGCAAAACUUUCCGAAAGAGGUGAUGUUCACAAAGGCUUAGAGGACAGGUAGAAUUAGUAAGACCAGGGCUUCUCACUCCUGGCGCUGUUGACAUUUUAGACUGAAUAAUUGUCUUCAUGUGUCUACUGGAGGAGGUUCGGCAGCAUCCCUGGUCUCUCCCCACCAGAUGCCAGUAGCAUCUCCUCCCCUGCAACUGUGACAAUUGAAAAUGUCCUAGACAUUAACAAACAUUCCCUGGAGGCAAAAAUCACUGCUUGGUUGACAAUCACUGAGCUAGACAAGAAUGAGGAUCUUCAGAGAAGGAUUGGCACAAUAUGUUUGGGCAAUUGCCAGCCACUUGGCCUGGCUGGAAUGCUGGAGACAUUUCUCCUCUCCAGUGCUCCAUAAAAAUUUAGCACCUGCUAUGUGCCAGGCACUGUACUGGGCACAGGGAACAAACAGUGAAUAGGCAUGGAUGGUUCCCUGUGUAGCUUGCAGAAAGCUGGCAAAAAUAGACUGUAUGUAUACAUAUUUAGAAAUAAUUACAGAAGCACUCAUUUCAUGACCUUUAAGGCCCUCCAUGGCCCGGGCUUUGCUAACUUCUCCAUCACCAUUUCUUAGCAUUUGCUGCUUCCCUUGCUAUGCUCCAUUUCCAUUCGCCCUCCUUCUUUCCUUAAAAGCUCCAGGCUUUCAUACCUCAGGGCCUUUGCACUUGCUCUCUCCUCUAAGUGGAGUGCAAACCCUUCUCUGUCAUUCUUCUGGCUGACUGCUGACCCUUUGUUCAUCCUUGACGCUUCAGCCUUGUCACUUUUUCAAAGGGGACUUCUCCAAUCAUACCACCUGGUGCGUGCCUCAUUCUAAGUGCAGAUGAUUUUAAAAAAAGAAGUGGCAUGAUCAGACUUAUGUCAUUCUGGUUGUAUGUGAAAUAUGGAUUGGUGCAGUAGCAAAAGAAGAAAGGAUCAAGUAGCCAGAUCACUUAAGAGGCAGUUGCAGAAACCCAGAUAUAAGGGAUAAUGUGGUCUGGACAAGGCUUGUCACAAGCCAAGAGGAAGUGAAUGGAUGCAUUCAAGAUGUAUUUGGGGAAUAGAUUCAAAGCACUUGGGGAUGGGUGGAUGUGGGGGUGGGGAAAAUGGGCUUGUCAGGGUAGACUCCCAGGAUCACAGCAGGAGCAAAUGGUAGAUGGUUGUUCAGUGAUAUGAAGAACUUUGGAGAAAGAUCGGCUGUAUGUGUGCGCUUGCGUGUGUGAGAAUGUGCAUGUGUGCAUGUGAGAAUGUGCAUGUGUACAUGUGUAUACAUGUACAAGUGUCUGCGUGUGGAUGUACAUGCCUAAGUGCUGGGGCUGGUGGCUGUAGAAGUCAAUUAGGACAAAAUCAAAUCUAAAUACUAAUGACACAUCCAAGCAGAAAUGUUGAGUAGGAAGUGAUUUAUGAUUUAGAAUUCUGAAGACAAGUCUGGAUCAGAAACAAAUUAGGAAAGUAACAGCACAUGGAUGGUACCAUAUUUAAAACAACAACAGUGGAUGGAUGAGGUUAAGUAGGGAAUUGGGGUAGAGUUACGUUGUAAGUGUGGUAUGUGAAGGAAGGAGCAAUCAGAUGUGGGAUACAUGUCUUAGUUUUCCUCAAAGUCAACAAAACACUAAGAUUGUUUCUGGGAAUGGUGAGCAGUGUUAAAUGUGGGGGAGAGUGGGAGUGAGUUGAGGAUGAGACAUUUUUCAUUUCAUCUGGCACAUGGAGGUUGCUGAUGGCUCUGAUGAGAGCAGUCUCGGACCAAGUGGGGCAGAGGCCAGAUGGGCAUGGGCCAGUAGUGGACAUGAGGCCAACCACUGGGGAUGAGUAUUAGACAACUCUACUGGCAAAAUUUUUUUUUAAAGGGAAAGCAACUAUGGCUGUAGCUGGACAAAAGGAAAGACGAAGAGGGGAGAGAGCAAGUUUAUAUGCUAAUGAGAAUGAUUCAGUAGAGAGGAGGAGACAGAAUGUAAGAAAAGUGGGGAAAUCCUAGAACAGUGGAGCAGGUGAGAGAGGGCUGCAUCCUGAACAGAUAUGCAGAAGUGGGCCCUUGACAAGAACAUCUUUGUGUUCAUCGUUGUACCCAGAUGGACAGUUAGGUCAAGUAGGGCUUAGGAGAGAGAAUUAUAAAACUUGAAGCCCACCCCACCUCCCACUGAAAACUUCAGGGAGCUCUUGAGGAAUUGUCAGCAAGUCAGGUUUGCAUUUACGAAAGAUUACUGGUGAACAGGAUCAAGAGUGGAUGAAAGAGAACAUUGCUGGCAACAAGGACUGCAGUUAAACCACUGAAGGCAGGAUGAGUUCAAGAGAUGUUUGAGAGAUGGAAAUGAUUUGGGCUAGUGUUUGAUGAGGGUGGUGAGAGGAAGGCGUCCAGAAUGACUUCCAGGUUUAUUUUUAACUGGGUGGCUGGUGAGUAAAGGUGCCAUUUCCAGAUAGUAGAAUACCAAAGGAGAAGAUUUGCUGGGAUACCAAUGAGUCCAGUCUCGAAUAAGCUCAGCUUGUGAUAGAAACAUUCAGAAGGGAGUUUGAAGGAUCUAAAGCUUACAAAGGAUGGCAAUGGAUUUCAGCAAAUCACUACCUAAAUUAAAUCUACAAGCGUAUGGUUAGCUAAGGCCAUGGCGGUUUAUGUGGGCCUUAAGUGAGAUGCAUUCUCUCUGCUAGCCGCAGUGCAACAGGAAGUCAUGAGAUCAUCUUAGAACAGACAUCGACCAUGGGGAUGGUGUCUUAUCACCACUUUCAAGAUGUGGCAGAGUCAUGGACUUCCUAAAUUCACUGUGAAACACACUGGAGGAUCUUCAGAAAGGAAAAGGGGAUGGGACAAUGGCCCAAUUUUGUCAAGCUCUUCUUGGAAGGGCUAUCUGGUGUUUGAGGGAGGCUCAGUAGACAGGUAGAAUCAAAGGACAGUCUAAGAGAAGGAGAGGCAGCUGAACCAGAAAUAGUAGAGCACUAGUGAGGAGAACAUUUCUAUUUAGAAAUCAGGGAAAUA